AUGCGAGCAUGUGAUCCAGUAUUUGUUAAUCCCAACUCGUUUGAUUCCAUGAAGGAGGUCCUCAGGCGAGUUGGGAAAGCUGCCAAUGUUAAACGUUACCACCCCAACAAAGAAGAUGCCCGUCACUGGCUAAGUCUCACAAUGGAUGGAUUACCAUACCUUGUUGUGAGAGGAAUCAUUGAUGAAGUGCACAUCUGUGCACAAUGUGAAAAAGAAGUUAUUAAGAGUGACUUUAGCAGUCAUGAUCUUGUAAAUCAUAAAGGCCAGAUCAUAGAGUAUGUACGGGAGUUUGAUUGGGUUGUUCUGAGAAUAGGCAAGCUACAUGUAGAAAUGAACAUGGCUAAAACAUUGGUCAACGUAACUUGGGAAGUGUUCUUUUCACAAAUGGCAAGUGAGAUGGGUUUCAAAACUGAAGCUGCACAGAAAUUUGCCCACAAGUGCUCAGACCACCAUAAGACUGCGUCCUUGAUUGAAAUAGCACAUGUAGGCAUUUGGAGCGAGUUGCUUGUACCUUACGUCAAAGCCAGGCUUGAGGCUGGAGAGAGACUGUCUGUGAAUGACUAUUUGUAUGCAUGGAUUCCUGACAAUGCAUUCAAGUGCCCAAGAUACAGAUUUAUGUUUCUUAUGGCUUGGAAGUUUUUUAGUGCCUUCAAGAUAUUCCACAUUGGUGUUCGUCGCAACAAUGCACGYUAUGUUCAUGCUGGGCAAAUGGCUUUUUCAAGCCUGUUUCACAGAUCUUCGGCUUCCAAGUAUGCCUUGAUUGAUUUAUAUGACAGGUGA